UAUGUAUGUCAGUUCUGCAUGGAGGGGGACCACAAGAACCACAGAACUGUUUCUAUAGAGGAGGAGAGUGGAGUGAAGAAGAAUCAGCUUGGUGAGACUCAAGCAGAAGUUCAAAAGUUGAUCCAGGAACGACUGAUGAAGAUUAAGGAAAUAAAAACCUCUGUAGAACUCAAUAAAAAAAACACAGAGAAGGAGAAAGCCGACAGUAUGAAGGUGUUCAGAUCUCUGAUGAGCUGCAUUGAGAGAAACCAGGCUGAGCUGAUUAAAGUGAUGGAAGAGAAGCAGAGAGCAGCAGAGCGUCAGGCUGAAGAGUUCAUUAAAGAUCUGGAGCAAGAAAUCACUGAGCUAAAGAGAAGAAAUACUGAGCUGGAGCAGAUUUCCAAAACUGAGGAUCAUCUCCACCUCCUACAGGUCAGGGUCCCUCUGUUUAUCAUUAGUAGUAGAAACGUUGUCAGAGAAGUCACUGGAUAA